AAGACGAUAACAAUACUCAUUUUUCUUAAAAUGUAAUGUUGAGAAGAGUCGAGUGUGUAAGUGUGAAAAAUACAAAUAAAAGAACAACUAUUGAAUAACAUUUAAGUGUCAUAAAAAUAAUGGCACACGAUACUCUUAGCAACGGUCGUUUACAAGAAUCUACAAUUGUACAAAGAACAAGAAUCGACAGAUGCAAAAGAGCUCCGAAUAUAGCAGCUAUAGAGAGCCACAAUUGGUUACUGCAUCGGCAUUAUGUGAGACACGAGUACAGCGCUUGCAAAUUACUUAUUGAGCAAGAAUUGAUGAAAUCCAAUAGUCACGAAUAUGCUAAUUAUCUGAAGGGUUUAAUCUUCAGAAAGGAGGGCAAAAUUCAAGAUUCAUUGGAUUGUUUUCAGACCGCGUACAAUGUAAAUUCGGCGAACGUUGAUAAUGUUAAGCAAAUUGCGAAGUCCUUAUUAAUAAUAGGCAGUCAUAAGCGUGCAAUAGACGCAUAUACGGAAGCCGAAAAGAUAUCCGUUUUACCAGAUUGGGAAAUAUAUUACGGUCUUGGUGAGGCUUGCAUGAAAUUACAUCAGUUACAAGAAAGCAAGAAAUAUUUCAAAAGAUCAGCUGAAUUAACAAAAACCGAAUUACCUAAUCUUGCUCUUGCAAGACUUUAUCUCUCAGAUGAUAUGAUUCCAGAAGCCAAAAAUACUUACACAGCAGCUUUGCAUGGAAAUCCUGAAAAUACUGAUGCCGCAACAGAACUAGGUCUCUUAUAUCUUAGGAUUGGAGAUACACAACGAGCAUUUCAACAAUUUGGAGCAGCACUAGCUCACUCACCUAAUUGCGUCAAAGCAAUUUUACCAAUGGCUUAUAUAAUGCAGACAAAAUAUUACAUUUUCCAGAAUGAUCGAGAAUACGAUGUAGCAUUAUCCAAAUAUAAAAUAGCAGCACAAACCAUUCCAGAGUCUUCAGCCCUGUGGAAUAAUAUCGGAAUGUGUCUUUAUGGAAAACAAAAAUAUGUUGCGGCUAUUAGCUCAUUGAAGCGAGCACAUUAUUUGAAUCCAAUGUCUUGCGUCCCAUCGUGCAAUUUGGGUGUCGUUUUUCUCACUACCGGGCAGCCUGCAUCUGCUGCAAUAUAUUUAUGCGCUGCAGUCAGUGCCGAACCAAAGAACCAUACACCAUAUUUAUUAUUAGGUCUGGCUUUGAAACGUCUGGAUGACUUGGAAGGCGCCGAAAGAUCUUUGACUAAAGCUCACGCUCUAGCACCUCAGGAUCCAUUAAUAUUGAUUAAUUACGCUGUGGUUCUUGACGCUCGUGGUAAACAACUUAAUGCUGCUAAAAUCUUAACAGCACUUAACGAUAUUAUGGCUAUUGUCGAGGUCGAUAUGCAGAUAACACAAACAGCAAAGAAAUUAUCAAAAAAAUUUCAACAUCAGAGAACGGAAUUAAAUACCAAUCAAUUGCCGCUGAUAAAGAAAAAUAAAGAAGAACAAUUGAACGCCGACGAAGUUUAAAAGCCAUACCACUUUGUAUAUGAACAGCGCACAGCGGUCCAGUUCCAUUUGCAACACCUAAUAAAGAAAUCAAUUUUUUAAGUAUUUGUUUCCAUUUAUUAUGUAAAAUAUUUGUUACAUCAUAAUCAAAACUUAUUUUUUGUUAUACUCAUUUGUUACUGAAAUAUAUUCUCUCCAAAUUAAACAAUUUAAUACACGUA